AUGGAUCUAGAAACCAGAAUCAAGGCCUAUCGCUUUGUCGCCUACUCGGCGGUGACCUUUUCGGUCGUUGCUGUUCUCUCUGUUUGUGUCACCCUUCCCAUGGUGUACAAUUAUGUGAGCCAUGUGAAGCGAUCCAUGCAAAAUGAAAUCACUUUCUGCAAGGGAUCCGCGAAAGACAUCUGGAGUGAGGUGAAUCACCUCAAGAAUUUGCCCACCGGCAACCGUACUGCCCGUCAAGCUGGAUACGGAGAUGCGGCUGUUGGAGGAAGUCAAGCAUCCGCCGGAAGCUGCGACUCUUGCUGCCUUCCUGGACCAGCUGGACCUGCUGGAACCCCUGGAAAGCCUGGACGCCCUGGAAAGCCCGGAGCUCCUGGACUCCCUGGAAACCCUGGACGUCCACCACAGCAGCCAUGUGAGCCAGUCACUCCACCACCAUGCAAACCAUGCCCACAAGGACCACCCGGACCACCUGGACCCCCAGGACCCGCCGGAGAUGCUGGAGCCCCUGGACAGCCUGGACAACCUGGACAAGAUGCCGCUCCAGGAGAACCUGGACCAAAGGGACCACCUGGACCACCUGGAAACCCUGGAGCUCCCGGAGCCCCUGGAGAGCCUGGAGCCCCAGCUGUCAGCGAGCCGCUCAUCCCCGGAGAGCCCGGACAACCAGGAGAGCCAGGACCUCAAGGACCACCCGGACCACCCGGACAACCUGGACAAGACGGAGCCCCAGGACAGCCCGGACCCAAGGGACCACCCGGACCCGACGGACAGCCCGGACAAGACGGAAACCCUGGAGCCCCCGGACAACCUGGACAGCCAGGACAAGCAGGAGAGAAGGGAAUCUGUCCCAAGUAUUGCGCCAUCGAUGGAGGAGUCUUCUUCGAGGAUGGAACUCGCCGU